AAGUAACGGGUUGAGCGUAUUGGAGAACCAUACAUUUGUUCAUUUAAGUCUAGAAAUUUGAUCCGUAUUAACUAGUAUCCUCAACAAGCUAAUCUGCAGCAACUUAACUGCGUAUUGAAUAUACUGCUUCUUAUAUCCUCCUUACUUCAUUCUACACUUUGCUUCUCCAAUACCUUGAAAUGGCCUUUUGUAGUUUGGUCACUGUGGUGGUGAGUUAUGUGAGUCAAACGGCUCCCAUCCUCGCAUGUCUGAAUGGCAGCUUCACAUUUAUCUCCAGUCUGUGCCGCUGUUUUGGUAUUACAAGUUACCAAAGCAUCUUCCCGGUUUCCAUUCCAGUAGGUCAAGAAUUGCCCACUGCUGAAGUUGUUGGGAAGAAACUAAAGCAAACACUUAAUGCGAUUAAGGAGUUACUGUUUAAUGAAAAUAACCACGUGAGAGUGGUCGGUUUAUGUGGAAUGGGUGGAGUUGGCAAAACCACUCUUCUAAAAGAACUUAACAAUGAACUUGAUAAGAGUCUUAACAGAAGCCAUGGAAUUGAUUUAGUAAUUUGGGUGCUGGUCUCUAAGGACUUGAACUUGAAAAAGAUUCAAGACCAAAUUGGAAAUAAACUAAGUUUAUCAUGGCCGGAAGCAACAGAAAUAGAAAAGAGAGCUGUUGAUAUAUUCAACGGGUUAAAGAAUAAGAAAUUUGUGCUGUUGUUGGAUGAUAUUUGGGAACCAGUAGAUUUACGAAUUAUUGGGAUCCCAAAUGUUGAAAGUAACUCAAACAAAAAAACAACCGAGUCAAGGAUUGUUUUCACUACAAGACUUGAGUUCGUUUGUGGGCACAUGGGAGCAAGAGCAAUAAAAGUAGAACAUCUAGACGAGGAUGAAGCUUGGAACUUAUUUCAUCAAACUGUCUUGAAAGCAUGGGAGACCAGCAGCAGCAGCACGGCCCACGAUGAAUCAGGGCCUAAGUUGGAUCCAAUUAUAUGUAACCUUGCGAAAGAAAUUGCGAAAGAAUGUCAGGGUUUACCCCUAGCCCUCAAUGUUGUUGCUGGGGCCAUGGCUAGCCAAAAAGACGUUGAACAGUGGCGGUAUGCACUCAAUACUCUUCGUAAAUCUGCUGGGAAGUUUUCAGAUAUGAAGGAUAAAGUAUUUCCUAUUUUGAAGUUCAGUUACGAUAACUUGAAAGAUAAUAAAAUGAAGUCAUGUUUCUUAUACUGCUCGUUAUACCCAGAAGACUAUCCAAUUAAAGUAGAGGAAUUAAUUGAUCUUUGGAUAGGAGAAGGUUUCUUAGAUGAAGAUGAUGACAUAGAGCAAGCUCGCCUGGAAGGUCAUAAUGUAAUCGGAUAUCUUAAAAGCGCAUGUUUGCUAGAAGGCAGUGUUAAAAAUCGGGGGCAUGGGAAUGUCGAACAUGUGGUGAAAAUGCAUGAUGUUAUUCGUGACUUGGCAAUUUCGGUAGCCUCCUCGGAUCUUGGAGAGAUCAAUCUGAAGAAUUCUAUUCCCGAACAACUAAACCUCGAUAAUUGGGAGCUUGCGGAGCGGAUAUCUCUUAUGGGAUCACGGGGUGUAUCAGAACUAACUGGAGCGCCAGAAUGCAGAAAACUUUCAACUUUGUUUCUUCGAGGAAGUGGGAUUGGAACUCUAUCUGAUGAUUUUUUUAGAUUCAUGCCCAAGCUUAAAGUCUUAACCAUGCCUCAAAGUAUGGAAAUUUCCAAGCUCCCAACUAGUAUUUCUUCAUUGUCUGCGCUACGUUAUCUCAACUUAUCAGAGAACUAUUUCAGUUUUGAUGAUCUGGAACCAGGUACUUUUAGUGAACUUGUAAGUUUGAAGAUAUUGGACUUACAUAAUUCGAAUUUACGUAACUGGGAAAAGGAAGGCGGGCCAAGUCUCCAUGAACUAGAAAGGUUAGAAAAUAUGAAGUCUCUCGGAAUCAGUAUAGGAACCGAUCUUGCUCUGAGAAAGUUAGUAACUAGUGACAAAUUGCAAUUGUGCACAAAAAAGUUAAGCAUUGAUUUAAAAGGAGGCAUAUCAUCCAUCUCAUUGUCGCCAUCCUCGUCAGAAACAUCGGUUAGUCUUGCUAACAUGGCUAAUUUAAAGAUACUUGAUCUUUAUUCUUGUGACGAGUUGAAAGAAUUGAGAAUUCCAAGUAGGGUUCUUAUGGAGGAUAAAGUUCCUUUGUGUACGUCCUUGGAGGUAUUAAACCUUCUAUCUAUGCCAAAGUUAGAUAUAGUGUGUGAUAUGCUUCAUCAGCAGUCGUUAUGCUUCAUAAACCUUAAACAUGUAGCAAUUUUAAGUUGUCCCCAAUUGAAGGAUGUAUCAUGGAUGAUCUAUGCUCAACAUCUUGAGAGACUUGAACUGGGUUACCAAGAAGGAUUGGAAGAAAUAAUAUCUGACAGGUUUCCAUCUGGGGUAACGAAACUCAGUAUUACCUUUCCAAGACUACAAGAGUUGGUAUUGGAGCAGUUAGAAAAUUUACAAAGGAUAUGUAGUUAUAAUGUAAAAUUUCCUGAGUUGAAGCAUAUGACAGUGCGAGGUUGUCCGAAACUGAAGAAUCUAUCGUUUGACUCCGGGGCUUUAAGAAGGAUUGAAGGAAAAAGGGAAUGGUGGGAAAGCCUAGAAUGGGAAGAUGAAACCACCAAAUAUAAUCUUACUCCUUAUUAUGUUGAGUUGGAAUUCUAGGCAGCUUGACAGUCAGAUUAUCGGGAAGUCGUCAAAUGCAAAAACAAAAUUCGAGCAAGCAUCAUGCCAGUCAACCACGGGACCGUUCAACCGUCUGAUCAUCAAGUGCUCAACCGCCAUGCCGAAGCAUAUCUUGAAAGAUUGCGACAAGAUUGUCAGAUCCAAACUCCAACUUGUUAUAUGUUUCCACUUUCUAAUAAAACUAGGACCUCGUAGUGGCAAAAUUCUAAAGGGUUAUUUUACCUGGCAUUUUUAGGGGCCACUUAAAAGGAUUUAGGGGCCAACAAUAAAACAAAAAAGGUCACCCAAAGGGAAAAUGUAGCCAGCCCUUAUCUCGCGUAAU